AUGCCGAUACAUUUCUACCCUCCACCACGCAAGAAAUUCUUUGACUCGGCGCACUGUCCACCAGAAUGCGUAAUUCCGACAUGCGACACUCAAGCGUAUCAGCUCCAUCCAAGGUUUCGCUGGAUCUACAACAAGCUUACAGUCGCUGAGUUACAAGGAAUCAAAUGUGGGCCUCAUGCGACGGAGCCAGAUGCUGAUCUCUAUCCAAUUUUCAGCAAACCCUUGUUGAGCCUCUGGGGAAUGGGGACAGGCGCACGGAUUAUCAAAACACGGGAGGAAUACUGGGGGUCCAUUGAGCCAGGGCACAUGUGGUGUACUUUGUUGACAGGGACCCACUAUAGCACGGAUAUUGCCGUUGUCGCUGGCAAGCCAGGUUGGUUUAGUCACACGAUAGGUGUUCCGGGUACAAUGCAAACAUUCGAUUACUGGGAGGUCAAUGCCACAGAUAAGGAUAAUGUGCAGCGGAAUCUCGUUGCAUUUAUCGAGGCCCACCUGGGUGAAUAUACUGGGAUGUUGAAUGUGGAAUCAAUUGGAGGGAAGAUCAUCGAGAUCCAUUUGCGUUUCACCUCCCAAUGGCCUGAUCUGUAUGGAUGCUGGUUCUUCUCUUCUUUGGCAAACCUCUACUGUGGCAAGGGUUGGACCGGGCCUCAGACAAGUGGAGAAACUGCUUACAGUGUCCCUCUAUUUGAUGAUGAGAAAUACGCAUACCUUUCGCCCUCCAUACAGCGAUGUACUCUCCAGGAAAUGAAAAAGGUCUUCCAUCUCAGCAGUCUAGUGGUGGAUUAUGAUCCGACGGUCCCAUUGGAGUCAUGGCCCAAGCCGAAGGGCGGUUUCAGGGUAUUGACUAUCAAUGGUCCUGACCUUGACAGAUGCAAAUUAGUAAGACGAAUGUGCCAGACCUAUUUGCAUGAUCUGUAUAACAAACAGAUCACUAUGGACUUCAAUUCUUGGAUUAAGGAGAAGCUUAGUUACUGCAUCAGUAACUUCUCCUAG